CAGCUGUUUCAUAAUCAUGACCGAUCACUGACAUUUGCUGAACUGAAGGGACUCUGGCUAAGAAUAUGGCACUGAGAGAAUCUAACGACUGCGCAACGAGCGGGUCAAGGUCUUGGGUGGCUGAACCCCUUUAAGGGCCUUUUCUAGAAGUCUUCCUAUGGAUGGUCGGCAUAUCGUCCGCUUCGGUGCCUGUAUAAAGAGACAGGGUCUUGUCUCCGAUUGUACUGUUGGUCAUCAAUUGAGUUUCCGGCAAGACAGAGAAGAACUAUAGCCUCUCGCAUCUACCACCACGAUGCUUUUCUCCUCUCUUGCUCUCGCGGCCUUCUCGUUAGGCGUGACGGCCAAAAGUCACGCUAACUCCCCUGCUCACUAUGACUUUGUCAUCGUCGGUGGAGGCACCAGUGGUUUGGUUGUCGCCAAUAGGCUCUCAGAACUGAGCCAUGUCACCGUGGCUGUCAUCGAGGCUGGAGAAUCAGCAUUGAACAACUUCAAUGUGUCUAAUGUCAUGGGCUACAGCACGGCAUUCGGGACGGAGGUCGACUGGGCCUACCAAACCGAGAACCAGACAUAUGCAGGUGGUCUGCAGCAGACCAUCCGUGCUGGAAAGGCACUUGGUGGCACGAGCACAAUCAAUGGAAUGUCCUAUACUCGUGCCCAAGACGUGCAAAUUGACAAUUGGGAAGUUCUCGGCAACGACGGCUGGAAUUGGAAGAGUCUAUUCCAAUAUUAUAAAAAGUCGGAAGGCUUCCAGGUGCCCACCAAGGACCAAAUCGCCCACGGUGCCAGCUAUAACGCCAGCUAUCAUGGUCUGAACGGCCCUCUGAAGGUCGGCUGGCCUAACUCCAUGACCAACAGCAGUGUCUUUCCCGUCCUUCAACAAACCUUUGAGAAAUUGGGCGUCCAGUACAACCCCGACUCGGAAGGCGGCAAGAUGGUCGGAUUCACGGUCCACCCCGACACUCUGGACCGGGAGAUGAAUGUUCGCGAAGAUGCUGCCAGGGCUUACUAUUGGCCAUAUGAAGCCCGCUCGAACCUGAAGAUUAUCUCAAAUACCCGUGCGAACAAGGUCAUCUGGGCCAACACCACCCAGGGAGAGGCUGUUGCCGUCGGCAUCGAGGUUACUAACGCCUAUGGCACGGAAACCAUCUACGCUGACAAGGAGGUCAUUUUGUCGGCUGGCGCCCUUCGAUCCCCUGCCAUUCUCGAGCUGUCCGGUAUCGGAAACCCCGAUGUCCUCAACAAGCACAAUAUUCCCGUCAAGGUCAACAUCACCACCGUCGGCGAGAACCUACAGGAUCAGACCAACAACGCCCUCUCCUGGGAAGGUGUCGACACCCUCACCGGCUUAGCAACCUUCUCCGUCCUGCCAUCUGUGAAUCAGCUCUACGGCGAUAAUGUCACUGCCUUGGCUUCCUACGUUAAGUCCCAGCUUGCUAGUUAUGCUAAGACUGUCGCUAGCGCCUCGAAUGGCGCUGUCAAGGAAGCCAAUCUCGUGGAGGCUUUUGAGCGCCAGUACGAUCUGAUUUUCAACUCCCAGGUCCCCUAUACGGAGGUGGUCUUCGCCCCCAGCGGGAACUCGUUCGCCGUUGAAUACUGGCCUCUCCUCCCCUUCUCCCGCGGCAGCGUCCACAUUCAAUCGGCGAACGCCUCCGACUAUCCUGCCAUCAACCCCAACUACUUCAUGUUUGACCAAGACGCCGAGGCCCAGGUCACAGUGGCACAAUACAUUCGGAAGGCAUUGAGUACGGCACCCCUAAACAGCCUUGUCGGCGAGGAAAUUUCUCCCGGCCUCGACGUGCUUCCAGCUAGUGCAUCCAGCGCCACUUGGACCAAGUGGGUUAAGAAAAACUACCGAACCAACUACCACCCCGUUGGCACCACCAGCAUGCUUCCCCGCGAGAAGGGUGGUGUUGUCAGCCCCGAACUCAAGGUCUAUGGUACCAAGAAUGUUCGUGUGGUUGAUGCUUCAGUCCUGCCAUUCCAGCUUUGCGGUCACUUGACCAGCACGCUGUAUGCUGUAGCUGAGAGGGCUUCCGAUCUGAUCAAGGAAAGCUACUAGGUUCCAGGUGCUUACCAGCGCGCUAACUAGGCAUUUUCGAUCAUCUGUCAAACUGGCAUGAACAACAGAGUUGUGUCAAUGCACAACUGCAACAGAACUGAAGUAUGUCCGUUUACGGGCGAAGUCUAUUCUGACAGUACGGUCCGGCUUGGGAAGAUGAUAGGCGCAAGGAUGCAACUAUUAAAGGGGAAUUAGAUUCUCAAAUGCGGAUGCUAGUGUCUGUGUGUCUAUUGCAGCGCAUUGUCAAGCCUUCUUGUGUGCUGCCACGGAGGAAGCGGCUGAUUGUAUUUUAUAUUAGAAUUGUAUUAGAACGGUGUAACACGUCACCCAAGAUCAGUAAUAAAGUCCAUAUCAAUGAAC